AGACAUGGAUCUUUAUGUUAAAAGUUUCUUUCUUAUCUACUUUUUGAUCCUUGCUAACGUUUUCACCGAAAAUACAACAAAAUCAUCCGAUGAAAAUAAUUCUAAAUCGUUCGUAGAAUCGACAGAAGAUAAUCUAUCUCAGGAGGAGGAUUUUACGACAGAGGCAACUUUAUUUAUUGCUACGGAAACUGAUGAAAAUUUGCUCUCGACGAUCGUUCUCGAAGGCGAUACUGAAAAUAUUACGGAUGAGUUUAAACCAAGCGUUCAUCUUGGAGAAAUCGAGGAACCAAGAACGAAGAUUAAUCCCUUCAACAAAGUGCAUCACUUUAAAUUCGAUAACAGUUUUGACGUGGGAUCCCAUCAGAAUGAUCUUCGAAACGUUAAGCAAAGGAUCCUUUACGACGUUAAGGAACAUCAAAAUGGUCGUAUAGUUUUCGAAGACGACAAAAGAAAUUUUCAUAUCAGAAAGUAUCAACAAGUUUUACCAAAUUACGAGACGAUCCAACCGUUACACGUUACCGUCACGCAAAGUUCAAGGUCGCAUUUGGAUAAUUUCGGCGAACAAAAAGUUAUAAGCGAUCAUACGUUAUUACAGAAUUUCGAGAAACCGGUGUACCUAGAGGAACACACAUCGAUGAUAUUUGAUAAACCUAUGAGAUUUCCAAACGAACUCUUAUCUCUUGGUAAUGGGAACUUUGACGAUAAGAAUACGUUUUAUUUCGUGCCAGAUUAUCAUCUAAUGCCGAAUCAUCAAAAUAAUUAUUACAACGUCGAACAACAAGAAGGAAAUUACGGUAACGUUCAGAAACCAGAUAAUAUGAUGGUUUAUCUCGCACAGCAACACGAAUACACUACACUUCGCAAACAACCACAUUAUUAUUAUUAUUAUCAUCGGCCUUUAGGCUAUCACGAAAUGGACUUUUUAGGUGAGCCGAAACCCGCUAUGAUCUAUCCGAAAGGACACAGAAUUUCACCAUGGAAAAAGAUUAUUCAUUUGAUCGGAGCUUUCUUACCACUGGGAUUAUUACUGGCAGCUCUUGCCCCUAACGUGAUCAAAAUUCAAAAUACGACGGAUCCAAACAUCGUUCUCUCAAAGUUGAGAGUCGUUGACCUGCCGAUCGAGCAUAAGGAAGCGAGAUUGAUCGAUGAACAGCGAACGAAUGUCUGCGAGGAAAGAUCGAUAUGCGAAUUGAUAUUGGAAGGUGGUAAACCAGGAACGAAUAUAGUGCAAAAUGUUCUUUGGAAUUUGGCUAUUAGAUCUAAUGAAGAAAUGAUAAGAAAAAUUGGCCUCCAGGAAAUAUUUGAAGCAGUGAAAAAGAAGAAUUGCGCGACGAUCGUUUGUUAAAUCUCAAACGAAAGAAGGAAGCGAGUAUCGUGGGUGACACAAGCUAUUGUUCCUCUCUCCACUCCUCUUUCUCUCCCUCUCUCUUUCUCUUUUUCUUUCCAAUCACUGAACUCGGAAUAGCCAUUGUCUUUUCAAAAGUUCGCGUAAGAUAAUUAGUCUUCUUUUCGUUCUGACUGUGAAAGUGUGUCCUUCCAAGAGUAAGGAAAGAAAGAAAGGAAGAAAGAAAGAAAGGUAAAGAAAAGAAGUAAGAAGGACGAGAAGAAGAUUGUUUGAAGAAGCAUCUCAGUAUUAUUAUCAUCAAUAUCUCGUUCGAGAAUUCGUCUCGUGUAUGCACUCGUCUCGUACUCGCAAGUGAAAGUAGUCACUGGGUAUAUAAGUGGGUCAACGCUAGUCCAUUCUGGACCAUCGUUCUCACUCGUGAAACUCAGUCAUUUUUUCCCUUAUACAUACAUACACAUAUAUAUAUAUAUAUAUAUAUAUAUAUAUAUAUAUAUAAAUAUAUAUAUUUAUACAAAUAUUUAUACGGUUUCCAGUAAUACGUAAUUAUAUUAAUUUGUCAUUGCACAGAUGUACGCAUUUAUCUUUGGUAAAAAACUGAAAAUCAAAUAGUCCAUUUUUGAUAAAGUCACGAAAGAUAAUAAUAAAUGUAUAUUAGUUUUACGACGAAGCAACAAUUUUUGUUAUGAUUUAUGUACGACACCUGCUAGGAGAAUAUAGAAAAUUGUGGAUUAGACGUGGAUUAGAUGAACGAUUAGACUUUCGAAAGAAAAAGAAGAAGAAGAAAAAGAAAUAUCAUUCGAGAAUUGCGAAGGAAGAGAAGAAUACCGGAUGGAAAUCGUAUUUUGGGUCGCAAAGUUGAUUUUCACUUCGAGGAAUGCGUAAGAAAGGCCGAGGACAACGGCGCGUUGAUCGCUAGACCAAGAUUGAUUAGUUUCUUCUUUUCUCUUAUCUUUUCUUUUUUUUUUCGUAAAAGAAAAUAAAAAUAUACGCAAUCGAUCGCAUUCUCGAUAUCCUUUUCUCUUCUCUUUCUUCUUUCUUUUUUUUUCUUUUUUUUUUUUUCGUUAUCACGAUAUCCUUCUUUCUGAUUAACUAGGAACUAAUCGUACGAUGUAUGUUGGGCGUUCAACGAAAGUGAGCCACUUUUUAUACGGGUUCUACUUUGGAGUCGAAAACGACCAUAGAACGAUUGCUACUUAGAGCGGAUCAACGAGAUAGCUCGUAAAGUACGAUUUAACGAUUUAGAAUCUUUUUGCGACAGAUGUUCCUAAUCCGUUCUUUUAUUUAUCCGGUCAAUCGUCAUAAUUUACGUUUAAUACGAAAUCACGUGAUGUCAUAUCCAAUUAUCAUCAUCAUCAUCAUCAUUAUUAUUAUUAUUAUUAUUAUUAUUAUCA